AUGUCCACGACUGGAGAUGAAGCUGAGGAACAGGUUCCAGAACAAACACAAGAUGCACCAUCAGGGUCAGAGUACGAAGAGGAAGCCGAGCGUCAGGAGGAAGAUUAUGACGAAGAAUCUGAAUCCGAACGUGAAGGACGCUUUCAUGGCCCGGACAGUAGCUGGAGAUUCUACACCAAAGAAGAACGUGCCAUAGUCUCUGCCCUAGACCAGGCUGAGAACAAUGAUCUUAGCGCCCAUCUCUACAAUGCACAUGCAUGGAAACAGAGGCUACGAGAUGUCGAACGGAUGAGAGAAUCUCUGCCAUGGCACACUAAAAACGGUUGGGUCCAGCCUGAAGACAAUGGCAAGUUGCCCUUCUUGCCGCCGGCUGCUUGGACUGCCUGGCCCCUGAGACCUGAGGACGUUCCGAGAUCGCGAGAACAAUGGGGUAUACCUGCUAUUGAUCCAGAAGAACAGAGUGGAACAUUCACUAAGGUCGAGCCAUGGAGACCAAGCCUCAAUUUGCAUGAGGAAGUGAAGGCGGUAUUUCUGCGCACAGCCAAAGAAGCCUUUCGUGAGCGAGAGCGGGCUGUGAACGUGAAGAAGGAGGGGCCUCCUCAAAAAGCAUCGGAGAUACCAAUCAGCUCUGAAGCAACGCCAACGCGUUCGGGAAGCGAGCAGUCCGAGGACGACGAUGAAAGCGACGAGGAUCAAAAAUCGUCACAGAAUGGCAAAAAGGAGGAGGACGAGGAGGAAGACGUUGACAUGGAAUCAGUGAUUGACCACAAGCUGGUUGGUGAAGAAUAUGUUUCAUCAUUUCUCCUGGACGAUGACAUUGCCAGCUCGAUUCUGGAACCUACAGUCAAUCAUGUCAUUGCUAAGUUCGAUGACUUGCUCAUUGGACUGCACAAGAGCCGACUUGGUCACCGUCAGGAUCGUUCCAGGUCUAGAGGGAGUAGUGCCAAUUCGCGAUUUCGAUCAAAAUCUCGCGAGCGACCACGCAGCGCUGCCAGCGUUCCCUCCAAGCGCAAGCGUGCGGUAUCUGACAACAAUUUCAACGAUGACAACCCUACAUCAGAGGAUGUCGAGUCUGAUACAGAGAUCCGCACUGGGAGAAAAUCUCAACGCGAAAGUAGGAGACGUAUGCCUGCUCCCCGAGACUGGAGCGAAGUCCUCGGCAUAGCAGCAAUGGUCGGCUGGGAUCAAGACGUUCUCGAUCGCGCCGAACGUAGAUGCGCAGCUACCUUUGGCGAAGGCAUGACCAUGCGUAUCAUGCCAGAAACCAGCUUUGGCACCUCUCGAGAUCAGAUCGUUGAGUACGUGCCAGACAUGAUUCCUCCUAUCGACGACUGGUCGGAGAACGACAUCGAUUCAGAAGAGGAAAGCGAAGAGCCUCCAAGCCUCGCAUGUCCAGAGGAGUUUUGUCCUCGCCACAGUGAACCAUACGAAUCUGCUUGGCGGUUGAGGGAGCAUCUCAAGAAGAAGCACAAGUUGUCGAAGGACGAGGUCAAUCGCCUCGUGCCACGUGUCUCCGCUCCUACCUCACAAACUAGGGCCAAGGACCGUGGCGAGGCCUCAGGAGGGGAGGACGAAAUCAUCGACGACGAUACCGUGGCAGUGGAGGGUGGCCAGGAAACCGGCGCUGUCCGGCUCGAUGGCUUCCUGCAGCCUAUAAAUAUUCGGCUUCAUAGAUCGAAGGACAAGCAACCAAGGAAACGAAGCGCUUCUCGACGCAGGGUGGAAGACACAAGUGCAGAAUAA